UCUUGAUCGUGGAGUUUCUCUUCUUUCAUCAACUUUGUUCAAUUAUUUCUUUUUCAGUAUUCACUUUGGGUAUUAUCCAGGAAAUCUAUGUCCUGUGCAUUCCUCUUAGCACUCUAGUGGAGGCUUCAUAGACAUACUUUUAGUUGGUUAUGGUUAAUCAUGUUUGAAUUAUUUUAAGAAUCAUUUGGACUGGUGUUCUAAUAAAAUACUUGUCAUCUAUUUUAUAUGCAUGUGGGGUAUGUGACAUGAAGUUACAUGUUAGAAUAGUUAAGCCGGUUCGCUCGGUCAAGUAAGGAACCGGGUGCCGGUCAUGACUUUGUUGAGAGGACGGGUCGUGACAAACUUGGUAUCAGAGCACCCACAAGUUUAGGAUGUCCUAGGAGUCUAUGAAGCCGUGUUUGUCGAGUCUUGUACAUGGGUAUGUAGCGUGCCAUGCUUAUAUACAGAAGUCUAUAAACAUAUAAAUUGCAGAAAUGCCUCGCGCUCGUAACUCUGGCAAAAAUACUUCUAUCGCAGCCGCUGGGAAUUAUUCUUUAGCACAAGGAAGGACUAAGAGGACCCCAGCUCCGAAGAAGGGUCAACCGGUUAAGACAACUCAGGUACCUCAAGCUAGUCUAGUCGAGAAGGUGGUUCAUGAACAAGUGCCGCAGCCUAUGCCAACCACUAUUCCAGCUCAGGUCAUGAUGCCUCCAGAAAUAGGGGAAGCUUUUAAUGCAGUUAAGGGGGCUAUGGAUAUGUUUGCAACAUUUAUGGCUAAUCAAGGGCAGAAGGGAGAACAAACUCCACCAAGCACAAGUAGACGAGAUAGUUCUAUUUCUUCCAAGGUCAAGGAGUUUAUUAACCUGGACUCUCUGGAGUUUUGCGGGACCAAGCCUGAGCAAGAUCCAUUGGUAUGGCUAGAGGAAGUUCAAAAAACUCUUCGUGUGAUGAAAAGAUUGGGGAAUGAUGUAGUUGAAUUGGCCUCAUAUCGACUCAAAGAUGUAGCAUACGCUUGGUUUGAAAUUUGGGAAAAACAAAGGAGCGAAGAUGAUGACCCUCCAACUUGGGAAAAGUUUUCAAAGGCUUUUAUAGCUAAUUUCAUACCAGACGAGGAUAGGGAAGCCAACGCUACUAAGUUUGAGCUUUUGAGACAGGGAAAUAUGAGCGUGCAAGAGUAUUAUAUGGAGUUCAUCAAGCUUGCCAAGUAUGCUAAGCAUAUGAUCCCAAAUGAGAAAGCCAAGAUUCAUAGGUUUAUCAUCGAUUUAGGUGAUCACAUUCAGGAUACUACUGCAGCUGCAGCUGUGAGCAUGGAAUAUUUUGCAUCUGUGGUAGGUUUUGCAAAGAGCUUAGAAGAAAAGAAACAUAAGAGAAGAGCUGAAAGAGAUCAGAAUAAGAAGGCUCGAACAACAGGUGGGUUUAGCAGACCUGUUAGUGGUGGAAAUAAAGGGUUUCUUGGUAGGGAAUUUUCAGCACCUGCUCAGUCCAUACAUUAGUCAGGUGGUAGUUUUCCUAGAAGACAUAGCCAAAGUUAUGGGAACCUAUCCCACCAGAAUCAAAACUUUAGAACUUCAGUCCCUCAAAGAAUAGUAGUGUUGGCCAGCCAUCCAAUCAAAAGGUAACCUGUAGUACUUGCGGGAAGGGUCACUCAGGGCAGUGCAAGAUUGGGAUGCAAGGCUGUUAUCGUUGUGGAGACAUGAGACACUUAAAGUAUAAUUGUCCUAAAUUGCCACUCAGUGCAAGUAGGGGAGCAGUUUAUUCUUCAGGUUCUACAGUUAGCACUGGUAUGAAUCCUAACCCAGCUUGCAAUCAUCAGAUUCAACCCGGACGUGGGGUAGGCAGAGGUUCAGGGUAUACUAUCCAAGGAGGGGGACAACCCCGUCUUUAUGCAACGAUAGACCAUCAAAAUGAAGAAAUAUCUUCAACCGUUGUUACAGGUACUUUAUCAGUUUGUGAACAUGAUGCAUAUGUGUUAAUUGACCUAGGAUCUACAUUCUCAUAUAUUACUCCUUAUUUUGCUAAGAAUCUCGGGUUAAAAUCCGAGCAUCUAGAAACAUCAUAUUUGGUUUCUAACCCAGUUGGUGACUCGAUAGAAGUAACACAAUUUUACAAGGGGUGUGCAGUUUCAAUAAUAGGUCGUAGUACCACUGCUGAUUUUAUUGAACUAGAAAUGGUAGACUUUGAUGUAAUUAUGGGUAUGGACUGGUUGUCAUUUUGUUAUGCCAUGGAGGAUUGUCGUGCAAAGGUAGUUAAGUUUCAUUUCCCUGACAAAGCAGUCUUAGAGUCGAGAGGUUGUUCAACCUCGCCUGUGGGUAAGUUUAUUUCUUACCUUAAGGCUAGAGAAAUGGUAAAAAGGGGGUGUCUAGCUUAUUUAGCUCAUAUUGUUAAUUCUGAGGCAGAGUUACCGACCCUUCAGUCUGUUCCAGUUGUUAGAGAUUUUCCAGAUGUUUUUCCAGAUGGCUCAUCUGGCCUUUCUCCUGAAAGAGUGAUAGAUUUUAGUAUAGAGGUUCAGCCAGGAACCCAACCUAUAUCUAUACCUCCAUACAAAAUGGCCCCUGCGGAGCUAAGAGAAUUAAAAAAGCAAUUGAGAGACCUUCUAGACAAGGGUUUCAUCUGGCCAAGUGUGUCACCAUGGGGUGCUCCAGUUUUGUUUGUCAAAAAGAAAGAUGGAUCUCUUAUAAUGUGUAUUGAUUACAAACAACUCAAUAAACUCACAAUUAAGAACAAGUGCCCUUUGCCGAGAAUUGAUGACCUGUGUGACCAACUUUAAGGGGCAAAUACUUUUCUAAGAUAGACUUGAGGUCCGAUUAUCAUCAGCUCAGAAUAAAGAAGGGAGAUAUUCCUAAGAUGGCAUUUAGGACUCGCUAUGGACAUUAUGAGUUCUUAGUGAUGUCUUUUGGGUUGACGAAUGCUUCAGCUGCAUUUAUGGAUCUCAUGAAUAGAGUAUUCAAGCCAUUCUUAGAUACCUUUAUCAUCGUGUUCAUAGAUGACAUUUUAGUGUACUCCAAAAUCAAGGAAGAGCUUACAGAGCACCUCAAAACAUCAUUUUAGGUAUUAAGAGAUAAUGAACUCUACGCAAAAUUUCUAAGUGUGAAUUUUGGCUACAGUCAAUGGUAUUCCUUGGCCAUGUGGUGUCUAGUGAGGGAAUUAAAGUAGACCUUCAAAAGAUUGAGGCAGUGGAGAAUUGUCCUAGGCCGACGACGUCUAUUGAGAUUCGAAGUUUCUUGGGUCUAGCAACUUACUACAGAAGAUUUGUAGAAGGAUUUUCCAUACUAGCAACACCAUUGACUAAGCUAGCACAGAAGUUUGUUAAAUUCCAAUGGUCUGAUGUUUGUGAGCAAAGUUUCAAGGAAUUGAAAAAGAGAUUGACUGACACACCAGUGCUAACAUUACCAACAGGUUCAGAUGGUUUCAUGGUGUAUUGUGAUGCUUCAAGGGUAGAGCUCGGUUGUGUUUUGAUGCAAAAUGGAAAGGUCAUAGCAUAUGCCUCAAGACAAUUAAAGCCCCAUGAAAAGAACUACCUUACACAUGAUUUGGAGCUUGCAGCAACUGUAUUUGCUCUAAAAAUAUGACGGCAUUAUCUCUAUGGUGAACAUUGUGAGAUAUUCACAGACCAUAAAAGCCUUCAGUAUAUUUUCAAACAAAAAAGAGCUAAAUUUGAGGUAGAGGAGGUGGCUUGAGCUAUUGAAGGACUACGAUGUUAACAUCUUAUACCAUCCAGGGAAGACUAAUGUGGUGGCUUAUGCCCUUAGUCAAAAGUCUAUGGGUGUUCUGGCUCAUUUACAGACUUAUAAGAGGUCGCUAGCGAGAGAAGUGCAGAAGCUAUCCAAUGAUGGUUUUAGGCUUGAUGAAACUAAGCAGGGUAACUUGAUGGUGCUUCCUAAGGCACAGUCAUCCAUUGUAGUUAAAGUGAAAGAGCGACAAUAUGAAGAUCCAAAGAUGCGGGCAAUCAAAGAUGGGGUAUUAAAGAAGGAGAUUUCAGCUUUUACCAUCAGGGAUAAUGAUGGUGUGUUGAGAAUAAAUGGCAGAUUAUAUGUUUUGAACGUUGGUGGACUUCGGGAACAAAUCUUGAUAGAGGCACACAGUUCAGGUUAUUCAAUCCAUCCAGGUUCAACAAAAAUAUAUAAGGAUUUGCGGGAAAUUUAUUGGUGGAAUAAAAUUAAAGAGGAUGUGACUAAGCAUGUGGCUAGGUGUAUGAAUUGUAAGAAGGUAAAGGCUGAACAUCAAAGGCCCGGUGGCUUGGCUCAAAAUAUCAUUAUACCUACAUGGAAGUGGGAGAUGAUUAAUAUGGAUUUUGUUGCUGGAUUGCCUCGCACUUAUCAUAAACAUGACUCUGUUUGGGUGAUUGUAGAUCGACUUACAAAGUCAGCUCAUUUUUUGCCAGUGAAGACUAGUUACACUGUUGAGCAGUAUGCUCAAAUUUAUAUUAAAGAAAUCCUAAGCUUUCAUGGCUUUCCAAUUUCAAUUGUCUUUGAUCGAGGAGCUCAAUUCACCACUAGAUUUUGGCAAACCUUCCAGAAUAGGUUAGGUACUAAGGUUAAUUUGAGUACUGCGUUCCAUCCUAAGACUAAUGGACAGGCUGAGAGGACUAUUCAAACUCUUGAAGAUAUGUUACAGGCAUGUGUAAUAGACUUUGGCAGAAAUUGGGAUGAACAUUUGCCACUUAUAGAGUUUUCAUAUAAUAACAGCUACCAGGCAAGUAUUGGUAUGACUCUUUAUGAAGCACUGUAUAGACGCUGUUGUGGAUCUCCGAUAGGUUGGUUUUAACCAUCAGAGGUACCUUUGAUUGGUCCCGAGAUAGUCCAGGAUGCCUUAGAAAAAGUGAAGAUUAUCUAAGAGAGACUUAAAACAGCUCAGAGUCGUCAAAAGUCUUACGUUGACAAGAGGCACAGAGAUGUAGAGUUUAAGGAAGGUGACUUUGUCUUCUUGAAGGUGUCACCAAUAAAUGGAGUCAUGAGGUUUGGAAAGAAAGGAAAGUUAAGUCCUAGAUUUGGUCGGCCUUAUAAGAUUUUGAGUAAGAAGGACAACAUGGCCUAUGAGUUAGACUUGCCACCCGAGCUAUCUUUGGUUUACCCAGUAUUUCAUGUUUCUAUGUUGAGGAAGUGUCUUUACAACGAGGCCAAAGCUAUUCCAGUGGAUGAGGUAGAGGCCAGUGAGAGCUUAACUUAUGAAGAAGUUCCUAUAAAGAUCCUUGACAGGCAAGUCCGUAGGUUGAGACCCAAAGAUGUAGUAUCAGUCAAAGUCUUAUGGCUGAACCAUAAAUUAAGAGAGGCUACAUGGGAAGCCAAAGAAGAUAUGAAGAAAAGAUACCCUCACUUGUUCGGGGAAGAAGGUAUGUAAAUAUUUAACUUUUGUAAAUAUGUUUCCUUAAUUGUAUAUGAAUGAUCAUGCACAGUUUUAAUAUUUUGUAAGAUGUGUGUGGUCGUGAUGACCUUGUUCAUAUGUGGUGGUUGGAUAGCUGAAUGAGAUUUGGAUUACUCAUCUGGACAGUCUGAAAGUUUGGGAUAGCUCCCGUUACAAAGGAAGCUCUAGCAAAAUUUUUGAAAAGUUUGGGAGUUAGACAAAUUUUAGUUCAUAAAAGAAAAGUGAAUAUGUACCACGUCCUAAGGUUCUCUUUUCGAUAUGUAUAACGUGGAUUUAACAUUCGAGGACGAAUACCAUAUAAGUGGGAAGAAUGUGAAGUCCCGAGAUACUUUAAUGCUUUUAAAAAUCUUGAAUUUAUAUUUAUUUGAUGGAUAUGAUGUGGGAGAAUUAGAUUUCUAGUUUUCAAUAGGAUGUGGGUAUGCAAACACGUAUUAGAAUGGGUCAAAAGCAUAUUUAAUUGAAUGAGUGGAGUAGUUAUUGAAUAUAUGUAUAAUGCAUACCUUAGCUGGAGGCAUUAACUUAAAAGUGGGAGAUGUAGUCAUCAUUGCUACAUGUGUUUAGCUAGCAAGUUAAAUAAUAUGAAUUAUUUAUUUGAGGAAAAGUUAUAUAUAUGGGCCAAGCCUAAAACUUUGCUGCAUAAAAAGUUAUGACCACUAACAGAAAAACAAAAAGAGGAAGGUUACAGGGGUUAGUUUUGCCUUGGUAACAUUCUGCUGCUCUUGGCUCUCGUAAAACAAAGGAUUGAAUUAUUGAUUGGUAGUGGGAAUAGGUAGAAGUUAACCUUGCUAGCAGUGAAGACUCUUGAGGUGAGUUAAGACUUGCUCUUACUAAAGUCUUUUCUUACAAAGUCAUGUCUAUAAGGUGUUAGGACAAAAUGCUUCUAAAUGCUAAAGUGAAUUUAAUUGGAACGAAUGAGUUCACAUUGCCUUUGUUGAGUUAGUUAUCUUGUGCUCUCUGUUUUCUCUUUGGAUUUAUCAAAUUAACGUGGUAAUUACUACCUUGCAGUAACAUCUUUCUUGAAAAUUAACUAUCAUAGUUGACAAACCAAAAUCAAUGAUAUUCUUAAGUUUAAUGUCCCAAAAUAGUGACUGUUCUCUGGAAACAUAAUCGAGCAGUGAAAAACACGUUCCAUCCAAAAUUUUGUGUGAUUCUCUUUCAUGUUGGUAAUAAUGUUAAUGUACUCUCUUAGAUCAUGAUCAGGAUAAAGCAACUCAUUGGAACUUUAAAGGAAACUUAAAUAACUUAGUAAUAGUACAAAAAGGAUUACCAGUAGCCGUAUAAAGGGUUACUGACUUGCCAUGUCGACAUACCUGAAUGGUGACCGUAUAAAGGGUCACAAGCAGCCGUACAAGGGGUUGCCACGAUUGUCACAAUGAGGCACAAAUUUAGUAGUUGUAUAAAGGGCCACAAGUAACCGUAUAAAGGGUUACUAAUUACCAUAGUGGACAUAAUUAAAAAUGUUCAAUCGACUGAAUCGAUUUAAAGAAAGCGAAAGGAAUGAACUAAUUAUCUAAGCUAUAAGUUUUGGUGAUUGAUCUCUCUGUAAUAUGCUCCAUAAGGCAUGAUGACUUGUUUUCUCUCAGUCCCUUAUCACAUAUAUGUUUUAUACAAUUGUCUCAUUCUGAUUUUAGUAAUGGGGAAUGUUGAGACUCACUGAGUACCGCUAGUGGUGUACUGACAUUCUCUUUGUGGAACCUAUUUUGAGUUAUGUCAAUAUAGGUGCAGGUAAUAUAGAUGAGCAGACUACAAGCUAGACCAUUUUAUUCCAGAAGUUAAUUGGUGAGCUUCGCUCUUGAUCGUGGAGUUUCUCUUCUUUCAUCAACUUUGUUCACUUAUUUCUUUUUCAGUAUUCACUUUGGGUAUUAUCCAGGAAAUCUAUGUGCACUCUAGUAGAGGCUUCAUAGACAUACUUUUAGUUGGUUAUGGUUAAUCAUGUUACUUUGAAUUAUUGUAAGAAUCAUUUGGACUGGUGUUCUAAUAAAAUACUUUUCAUCUAUUUUAUAUGCAUGUGGGGUAUGUGACAUAAAGUUACAUGUUAGAAUAGUUAAGCCAGUUCACUCGGUCAAGUAAGGAACCGGGUGCCGGUCAUGACUUUGUUGAGAGGACCAAUCGUGACAAUUUGAUUGGAGUCCCAAUGUUGCAGGGGUUUCUCUCUAAUUAUCUCUAGUUUGUCUAGGAUUUGUAUUAUUUUAUCUAGGUCUUCUUGAUCUUUAAUUACUCUUAUCUGUUGCAUACCUUUCCUAAAAUUGUAUAAUUCUGUUUCUAGUUCUAUUAAUGUAUAAUCUUUUUCUAUUUCUUCUACUAUCAAUAGAUCUUGUAAUUCCUCACAAAUUGUUAUCUUAUCAUUACAAGUACAAUUUUCUCCUUUA